GUGCUGGAGAGUCUGGGAAAAGCACCAUCGUGAAGCAGAUGAAGAUUAUUCAUGAGGAUGGCUACUCGGAGGAGGAAUGCAAACAAUAUAAAGUGGUUGUCUACAGCAAUACUAUCCAGUCCAUCAUUGCGAUCAUAAGAGCCAUGGGAAGGCUAAAGAUAGACUUUGGGGAAGUUGCCAGAGCAGACGAUGCCCGCCAGUUGUUCGUGCUGGCUGGGAGCGCGGAGGAAGGCGUGAUGACGGCCGAGCUGGCCGGGGUGAUUAAGCGGUUGUGGAGAGACGCCGGCGUUCAGGCCUGCUUCAGCAGAUCCAGAGAAUAUCAGCUCAACGACUCCGCCUCAUAUUACCUGAACGACUUGGAUAGAAUAUCCCAGCCGACCUAUAUUCCCACUCAGCAGGAUGUUCUGCGGACCAGGGUGAAAACUACGGGCAUCGUGGAAACUCACUUCACUUUCAAGGACCUGUACUUCAAGAUGUUCGAUGUCGGCGGCCAACGGUCGGAGCGGAAGAAGUGGAUCCACUGCUUCGAAGGCGUGACAGCGAUUAUUUUCUGCGUGGCCCUCAGCGAUUAUGACCUCGUCUUGGCUGAGGACGAGGAAAUGCUCAUCUUGGCCGAGGAUGAGGAAAUGAACCGGAUGCACGAGAGCAUGAAACUGUUUGACAGCAUUUGUAACAACAAGUGGUUCACGGACACGUCCAUCAUCCUCUUCUUGAACAAGAAAGACCUGUUUGAGGAAAAGAUCAAGAAAAGCCCCCUAACGAUCUGCUACCCCGAGUACACGGGCUCCAACACGUACGAGGAAGCGGCCGCGUACAUCCAGUGUCAGUUCGAAGACCUGAACCGCAGGAAAGACACCAAGGAGAUCUACACGCACUUCACCUGCGCCACCGACACCAAGAACGUGCAGUUCGUCUUUGAUGCCGUCACCGACG